AUUAAAAGACAUAUAUGACUAUACCAUCAUUUUUUACAAUAUGAUUAUUCCAAACACAAGCGUUAGUGUCUAUACGGAACCCAGUACAAAGUUUUUGUACGUGACAGUUUUUAUUUUGAAAAAAAUUAUUCCAUUUAUUUCAAGCGCCGGUCAAUCUGAAAAACUGAACAUCUGUUACUACGUCUUUAAGAUCCUAACUACUCUGACAAUGUCCAACUUGCUGCUGCAUUGCUUGUGAUAAGCAUUAGAUCACCAAUAUAUUUCUGUACCGAGGCGCUCGUAUGAGCAGUCGCGUCAAAAUUUAGUAAACCAAAUCCAUCUGUAAGACAACCAGUUUAAGCAGUUUUUGUGUAUUUUAGCAUGGUAAACAAGAUACCUUCAACGUUUCGAAACAUAUGAUUUCCAAGAACCUGUAUUUUUGCUCACACAUCAUGCUCUAGAAGAGAGUUAAUGAAAUUAACUUCCAACAAAAUAAAUGACAGGUUCAUGUAAAACCGAUUUGGCAACGUAUUUCGCAACGUGAUUAUCUGUUACCUUCCAUCUUCGUGUUGACUUUCAACACGAUUCUUUUGAGAGACUACAGGUAAAGUAUUAAUGUAUGCAACGUAUUUAUAGAUAGCACGAACAAGCGUUAAUAACUGGCAACAAGUACUUGCCUCGCACUCAUAAUUAUGUGAUGAUCGGAGGAAGUGAAACCUGGGAACGCUGAAUGAGUUAAACGAAGUCAGUUUGUUGUUAGUUAUGUAUCGCAAAGGGCAAGCGUUAGGUUUCAUACUCACAAUAAGAUAACACUUUGCAUUGACCUUACAGUCGGAUUAGGUAUCUAGUGAGUUUUCAGAGCGUUUCAGAUUAAAAGCAACCGUAGCAAGAGUGUAUUUCGGAGUCCGCAAAUAACUGAGACUACAACGAACAUAUUUGCGAUAGGGUGAAAAUAAACGACUCUGCCAUACGACCCUUAAGAAAAUGGAUAUUGAAAAAAGUAACUUGUUAAAGGCCAUUCUGGACUUGCAGCAAAUAAUGAAGUACUUUAUGUACGUACGGAAUCAAAUUCUGCCGCAGUGUACCUAUCGAAGGAAAAUGCACCUUUCACAAAGCCUUCAGAUAUGAGUUACAAAUGUUAAAUAGUUCUUAGAAUUUUCAGAAUUCGCAGUUGAAUGAAUUCGAUACACAAAUGGUCUUACGAUUCAAAAUUCUACACAGAUAUGAAAAAGAUCUACUGUGGCCUCGGGGCGCCUUUUCCAUCGCCAUAUAUAUGCUAUAAACCCGAAAAUAAAUGUAUCAUAAUAAAGACUGCGGCGAGUAAAUCCGUAGUAAGUACAAGAACAGUUCAGCAUAUACCAUUUUAUAAAAAGCGGAAGUCAGUAGUGUAUGACGGAUUGUUUUUUUUCUAUGUACAAACUCGCGAAGUAGGUAACAAAAAGGAUUAGUUCCAGCUGCUAUGGCACGAAAAGCAUUACACCAACGGAACAGGGAAAAAUAUAUUGAGAUGUUUUUAUCGCACUUUCGUAUAAAAUACGCCGAUUGGAAAUAUUGGGUGCCGCCGCUGUUAGAGAUGUGGGACAAAAGGCAAAAAAUAAAGGAGGAACGGAAGGUCAUCGGAAAAGAUAAAAAAAAGGAUCGACCUUCGAUAAAAGAAAUGGUUCGGGAGACAAAAACCAAGCGAGAACGAAACGACGAAAACUUUGUGAAUAAACAAGAUACUGACUUGAAUGGUGAAAGCCUAAAACCACGAAACAGCAUAGAAACAUAUCUCAGCGACAAUAAGCAACGAAAACCAACGGACAUCAAAAAAGGAUUUGAUAAACACGCUAAGAGAGCUAGAGCUACAAUGUCUACAACGAGUGAUUCAUCAGAUCAAGCAGUACCCCAAAUAAAUAAGAAAGCUAUUAGCAACAAUCGUCGCCUUUCCAGCAAAAAAUUUUCCAGUGUGUCAACAAAUUUUAUCGGCGAGUCAGACACCAGUGCGGAAGAGUCUAUGACAGAAAAUUGGGAAGAAGAAGAGGAGCCAAGUAGCGAUGAGGCUGAUGAAGAGGUUGUGUUCAAUCGAAAAAAGGCAGCGCGACGUUUGAGCACUCACCAGAACGGCGAUAGUGAAGGCAGCGAAGCUGAAGAUUGUUUCACAGAUGGAAACAGUGACGACAACAAUGACGUCCAAAGAAGCCAAAGAGCCUCUAAUAACAUACCUGGCUCGGUAGGACUUAAUCCAUUUCGGCCGUACGCGCCUCAGCAUAUUGAAUAUUCAGACAGCGAGGGUAGUGAUGACAUUUGGGCCAACCGCGAUACUAAUGAUGCAACUCGACAAGAUCAAAAAGUGAAGGACCUCAACUUUGGAAAAGAUGUCGACAAUGACACCAAGCAAAUGGUACAGGAAAACAAAGUAAACACUGCAUCUGGUAAGAGCGAGAUUGACGAAAAUACCGAGGAAGAAAAUGAACGAGAGAAGGAUGAAGAUAUAGAAGCGUCUGAUGUGACCGAAGAAACGCGUCAUUCGGGGGGUCAUCUAGGGGGUGAAAGCUCUGAAGAUUCUAAAAAUGAAAUGGAGCUUCGGUGCAAAAGACAACUUCCUAUUGAUGGUUUAAGGAACAACAAGAAAAAAAAACUUGAAAUUGACUUCUCAGUACAAAACAGACUUCAGUGUAUCACAAAGGAUAUGGACGAUCUCGCAAUAAGAAAUAAAGCAAUGCAGCAGAUGGAGGAACUAAAAAAACGACAGGUGCUAAGGAGAGCCAACAAAUCCGCCGAGCCAAAGCUAGGCUCUGAUAAAAAUGACGAUGCAUGCUCCAAUUCAAAUGAUUCUGGUGAGGCAGAAAACGAUAGUAGUGGUGGCGAGGAUUCAGAUGAAGGGGCGUCAUUUUUUUUAAAAGGCGACGAAGAAACCAGAGAUUCCACGUCAAAAACCAUUCCCAAAGAGAAAGCUCCUAGCUUGAAUCGCCGUGAAAGGAGGGGUCACAAGAAGAAGUCAUAUACAAUUGACAGCACUGAAGAUAGCAUCUACAGGGGCAUAGGCAGAAAAUCCGAUUUCAACAGUCAGCGCAAGCGGCCUUUUCGUGGAAAGGCUCCUGCUUGUUUCAGUCAUAACGCUGAAUUGCCAUUCCCUGAAAAACUUGGCCCUCAAUUAGGUUAUCGGGCAGGAGCGGCACCUUUUGAAAGACGCGAGUCCUUCGGAGGAAAGGCGAUCAAUUUUAAAGGAAGAGGAAAUUAUAGUGGGAAGUAUUCUGGACUUACGAAAAAUUUUGAAACUCAUGUAGAAAAAGAUCAUAAUGGAGCCGUCCAUGACAUGGAAAAAGAUCGUAAAAGUUUUAAAGGCUUUAACAAAAAUUCAAAAAGUUAUUUUCACCAAAGGGAAUUUGGAAAUCAAAGUUACAAUAAUGCAGGUAGUUCUACAGGAUAUCAGAGAGAAGAAAAGGGACACGAUUGGACGCCGCAUCAGGAUCGGAAUAGUUUCGUCAGCGGUAGAAGCAACGAGCGUCAAUAUAAUACUGGGCUUGAGUCCCAAAAACAAUUCCAGAAGAAGCCCUUAAUUACAAACAAUAGAAAUAAACAAUCCAGGGAUGGUACCGCCACUGGAUUAGAUGCUCAGUUUCAGGGAGGAAAACAGUCAAAGAAGACAUCAUACCAUAAAAAAGGGUCUCUACAGGAACUACAUCCUUCGUGGCUUGCGAAGAAAAAGCUUAGCGCCGCAAUUAACCAACCAUUUCAAGGAAAGAGAAUCAUAUUUUCUGAUGACUAGCUAAAUGAUUCGGUAAACCUCUUCAGACUUUUGUUUUUUUCUAUAAAUCACAGAUUAUUUGGCUUGAUUUUGUGUUCCCUUAUUAUUAACCGCUUUGGGUAAGAUUGUUAUUCAUGAUUAUUAUAUUGCAUAUUUCAACGAUUGUCACUUUUGCACGGCACGAAUAGAUGGCAUUUCGAAAUUAGCUCGUAUUUGCUUUAGUUGCUGUUCAGGCAAUUUCUGUUAAUCUCAUCUUAACUGAACCUCUAUUAGCAUUGUUAUAUCGCUAAGUCAGCUUAUGAUUAACAGCAUUGGCGACAUACAGUCGAAAUUUGUUGAAUUGUAUAAUUAAGGUAACCUGUUAUCAGUGACAGCAUGUUUGAGUGUAAAUCAUUUUAAUUUACAAAAUAUAUAUACUUUUGAACGUUAAUUAACUGUCUUGUUAUUGUUUUGAAUUUUUUGAAUCACUG